GCGGAGAAGUCAAGGACGCAGUACAACCAGAGCCAGUGGACGCAGGAGGAGCACAAGCGGUUUGUGGAGGCGCUGGCAAGGUACCAGCAGCUGGGGAGCCGACGGGACCCGGUCACGGGCAAGGUAGCGGCGCUUGUGGGAACGAGGACUCCUCUGCAAGUGAGGACGCAUGCACAGAAGUACUUCAUGAAGCUGAGCACGGGG